UCUUUCCGCGGUAAUUGGGGCUGUUUCUACCACCAACUGGAGGAGACUCGGGCUCCCGGUGUUUCUGUCCAGGCUAUCUCGCCAGUGCUCCUCCGCUCCAGAGCAGGUCUGCAGGCUCCUCGGGUCCACCCGCUGCCCGCUCCCGGCUGCUCGCCGCGGCGACUCUCAGGCACACGACGCCUCUUAGCAGAAGCUCUCCUGACCGGUCCUCUGCACAAAGGCCUCCCUCGCAGGUUGCUUCGUCGCCCUUGCCGCUGUCGGAAGCAGACACAAAAUGAGUCUGUUCGGAACAACCUCAGGUUUUGGAACUGGCGGGACCAGCAUGUUUGGCAGCACAACCACAGAUAAUCACAACCCUAUGAAGGAUAUUGAAGUAACAUCUUCUCCUGAUGAUAGCAUCGGCUGUCUGUCUUUUAGCCCACCAACCUUACCGGGGAACUUUCUUAUUGCAGGAUCGUGGGCUAAUGAUGUUCGCUGCUGGGAAGUUCAGGACAGUGGGCAGACCAUUCCAAAAGCCCAGCAGAUGCACACUGGACCCGUGUUGGACGUCUGCUGGAGUGAUGAAGGGAGCAAAGUAUUUACAGCAUCAUGUGAUAAAACUGCCAAAAUGUGGGACCUCAAUAGUAACCAGGCAAUACAGAUUGCACAGCAUGAUGCACCUGUUAAGACCAUACAUUGGAUCAAAGCUCCAAACUAUAGCUGCGUGAUGACCGGGAGCUGGGAUAAGACUCUGAAGUUUUGGGAUACCCGGUCAUCAACUCCCAUGAUGGUCUUGCAGCUCCCUGAGAGGUGUUACUGUGCCGAUGUGAUCUACCCAAUGGCCGUGGUGGCGACUGCAGAGAGGGGCCUGAUCGUGUAUCAGUUAGAGAACCAGCCCUCUGAAUUCAGGAGGAUAGAAUCUCCACUGAAGCACCAGCAUCGUUGUGUGGCUAUUUUUAAAGACAAACAGAACAAGCCGACUGGCUUUGCCCUGGGGAGCAUCGAGGGGAGAGUUGCUAUUCACUACAUCAACCCCCCAAAUCCUGCCAAAGAUAACUUCACCUUUAAAUGUCAUCGAUCCAAUGGAACCAAUACUUCAGCUCCACAGGACAUCUAUGCGGUAAAUGGAAUCGCAUUCCAUCCUGUUCAUGGCACCCUGGCAACCGUGGGAUCUGAUGGGAGGUUCAGCUUCUGGGACAAAGACGCCAGAACAAAGCUGAAGACUUCCGAGCAGUUAGAUCAGCCGAUAUCCGCCUGCUGCUUCAACCACAAUGGGAACAUAUUUGCUUACGCUUCCAGCUAUGAUUGGUCCAAGGGACACGAGUUUUAUAAUCCGCAAAAGAAAAAUUACAUUUUCCUGCGUAAUGCAGCUGAAGAGCUAAAGCCCAGGAAUAAGAAGUAGCAACCUGAGACUUCUGGUUGUCCAGAGUUGUUUUCUCUCCGCUCUGAGGGCCCCAGCUAUGGGCACCUCGGCCAUGGACGUGGAUUCCAACCCCUGGAGGAAACAGGUCACUGCUGAGCAGGCAGCCCGGCUGUCCACGGCAACUUGCCGCCUCUGUUCCACUACUUGCUGCAGAGUUUUCUUGUUACUCUAAGGGGAACAAAAUUAUUAUAGAAGUUAGAGUCUUGUGGGCAGUGCCAGGUAUUUUACUGUGCUUCCUUCAGCAGCAUAUGUGUUAGAGAAUUUUGGGAAACCAACUAUCAACCCUGUAUUGUAUUUUGUAAUAAAAUAUUUUGAAGGUU